UUUGUUGUCAUUUGUCAACCUGUCAUGUUUAUACGUCAUUUAACAGUGUCUUAAGAGGUUGUUUUUACAAUCCAUUUAUUAAUGCUUUAUGUUAUUGUAAAUAGUAAAAAACCAGUUAGUGGUGGGUAGUUAUUGGUUACAACAAGUGGUGUAACUACUGACGUCAAAAAUUACGUAUGCUAUUCAAGUAAAAAUGGAUGGACAAGGACCAGAAGUGACGUUCCUCUUCCAAUUUGGAUUGAUUCGAGAUGCAAUUACAGUUCCAGUAGCUUCCUUAAAUCUUAAAACCAUUAAGGAUUUAGCGUGUAGCUUUAUAAACUCAAAAAUACCUGAUCAUGGCAUCAAUAGGUUAGAAGAUCGCCUUUUGCUCUUCCGACACGAAUAUAAUUCCAACAACAUUUUGCAGUUUAUUAAUUCAGCAUCAGAAAUUGUAGAUGAGACAUUAAUUGAAAUCGUGUUAACAGGGAAAGUGGUCUCAUCUUCGUCCACUCCAGAUAUAACUAUUGUGAGACCUCAUGCUCUCUCAGUUCAUUCUUAUAAGACUCCGACGUUUUGCGAUUUUUGCGGUGAAAUGCUUUUUGGACUUGUUCGUCAAGGUCUUAAAUGUGAAGGAUGUGGCCAAAAUUAUCACAAAAGAUGUGUGGUUAAGGUUCCCAAUAAUUGCUCAUAUACAUUGUUAGAAGAAAAACAGAGGAGACGAUCAACAACACUGCAAGUACCAAGAAGUCCAUCAGGGGGAUCGAAUUCGUCUUUACUGUCGGCGAAUUCCACACAAACUGAGGAUAGCGGCUUGUUUCAGGGUCAAAACAGAUCACCAUCCCUCGGAGGGCGUCCAGUAUGGCUGGAAAAAGAAAUGUCGAGUCGAGUUAAAAUUCCGCACACUUUUGUUUUACACAGUUACACAAGGCCAACAGUGUGUCAGUACUGCAAAAAAUUACUGAAAGGACUUUUUAAACAGGGUUUACAGUGCAAAGACUGUAAUUAUAACGCCCAUAAAAAAUGCGUAGAUAAAGUACCCAAAGACUGCACAGGAGAAUUACCAAAAGAUACAUCUGGCAAUUUUGAAUAUGCCGAAAGUUCAGCGAGUAAUGACAGCCAAUAUAACAUGACUUUAACAGAAGAUGAGCAUGAAAACGAAAAACUGAAUGGUGCUAAUAAAUAUAUUGAAGUUAUUCCAGUUCAUGAUGAUGACAACGAUUCAAUUCCUUCCAGAAAUAGUUGUAGUUCUUCUUCCUCUCCGAGUGCCAACAUUCCAUUACAACGAAUAGUCCAGUCUGUCAAGCACACCAAAAGGAGAGGUUCCAAAGUGAUCAAAGAAGGAUGGCUAGUGCAUUUUACAAAUAAAGAUCGAAUGGUGCGACGCCACUUUUGGCGUCUAGAUACUAAAGCUAUUGUUUUAUUCCAAAGUGAUCAGGGUUCGAAAUAUUAUAAAGAAAUACCUCUCUCAGAAAUUUUAGCAAUUGAUUCCGCACGAAUUAAACAAGCCGAUGUAAUGCAUUGUUUUGAAAUCCGAACCGCAAAUGUUGAUUAUUUUGUUGGUCAAGACCCUUUACAUGAUCUUCAAGACGGUAAUAACGUUAACUUACCUCCCCCUGAUAGUGGAAUUGGGGCAUAUUUAGCGAAAAGUUGGGAAACUACCAUUAGGCAAGCGCUCAUGCCUGUGACAGCUGGCCCUAAACCGGAAGAAAGCAAUGAAAGUGAAGAACAAAUCAUGGACAUGAGCCAAAUUUAUCAAAUAUAUCCUGAUGAAGUUUUGGGCUCAGGACAGUUUGGUAUUGUUUAUGGAGGAAUUCAUAGAAAAACUGCCAGAACCGUAGCAAUUAAAGUUAUAGAUAAAUUAAGAUUUCCAACAAAACAAGAAGCUCAACUCAAAAAUGAAGUGGCAAUUCUGCAAAAUUUGUCUCAUCCUGGUGUAGUGAAUUUAGAACGAAUGUUUGAAACUCCUGAAAGAAUAUUUGUAGUAAUGGAAAAACUUAAGGGAGAUAUGUUAGAAAUGAUAUUGUCACAUGAGAAAGGACGAUUAACUGAACGGGUUACAAAAUUUCUAAUAACGCAGAUUUUAAUUGCACUUAAGCAUUUACAUAGCAAAAAUAUCGUUCACUGUGAUCUGAAACCAGAAAACGUGCUUCUAAGCUCGGAUGCGGAGUUUCCACAAGUCAAAUUAUGUGAUUUUGGUUUUGCUCGAAUUAUUGGCGAAAAGUCGUUUCGUAGAUCCGUUGUUGGCACACCUGCAUAUCUUGCCCCUGAAGUUCUUCGAAAUAAGGGUUAUAACCGUUCUUUAGAUAUGUGGAGUGUAGGUGUUAUAGUGUACGUAAGUCUUAGUGGUACGUUUCCGUUUAACGAAGACGAAGAUAUUAACGAACAAAUUCAAAAUGCAGCUUUUAUGUAUCCCCCGAAUCCGUGGAAAGAAAUUUCAUCAGAUGCUAUCGAUCUUAUUAACAACUUGUUACAAGUUAAACAGAGAAAACGAUAUACUGUUGAUAAAUCUUUACAACACAUUUGGUUACAGGACUAUCAAACAUGGUGCGAUCUGAGGACUCUCGAAAACCAAAUAAACGUACGAUAUUUGACUCACGAAUCCGAUGAUGCUAGAUGGGAGCGUUAUAGGGCGGAGCUUUGACCUGAAAAAGGUUGGCUUCACAAUGUAAAAAAGUGCCUACGGGGUAUGAAGACAUAGGCAGCUCAAAUUAUGUGUAUAUGGAAUUGGUAGUACACAUAUUCGUUCUCGAUAAAGUUGUCCUGUGAUGUUAGAUUGUUAUAACACUGCGUUCUGUACGGAAUAUAUAAAACGCAGUCACGGCACUUUUAUCGAAUAUUUUUGAGUGACUAAGUUCAACCUUUACAUGAACUUACUGUUUCACGAUGAAGCUGAGUUACUUAUAUUGUUUAUUUUUAUAUUGUGUUUUUUUAUUUUAUAUUCUAUUUUUAUUAAUGUAUUUGAUUCAAUUUUUUAUUACGCAAAAAUUGUUAUAUGUUUAAUUUAUGUUUUAAGAAUGCAACACUGCAUUUUCAGAUUCAUUGGGUUGUAGAUAAUAAAGCACAGUGGGUCAAAAAAUACUCAAUAUUUUCAGUUUAAUUUGAAAAUUUUAGUAGUAAGCAACAAGUGCACAGUAGUAGGAAUAAAAAAAGCUUUAAUAUUCGUACUUGAUCUAAUUGUGUAUACUUAUGUAUUUAUUUUAAUAUUGUUAAGAAUCUAAGUGUCAUUACAUACUGUAGUAAUUGAACAUUUAACUUAUUUUAAAACGUAUAUAAGACUGUCAAGCGCUGCAAUGCCUCCUUUCGUAGGUUGUAGAAACUUUAGAAAUUGAGUUUUAGUGAAAACUGUGCUGCCGUUGUAAUAAUCUACGUUAAGGAUUUAUGUUCGUAAAUUGUUGAAAGUGUUUUUGCAUUUUUUUAUAGAAAACGAUUGUCAAUUUUUGAUGUAGCUGUAUUAUGAAUGCUAAUUUGUGAAUGUUUAACGAUAUUUUGUGUUGUUUUGAUGGGAAUAGUUUUCCAUGAUACCUUGAAACAGCUGUUUGCAGCACAAAGGCGCCUUAAUAAUGGCAUUUUUUAUCUCGAUUUCAGUACAAAAGUUGUGAUUGCAGCUUUGACUAUGCUUUUGUUUAUCUAAUACUUUGAUUCUGCUUUACGUUAGCCAAAAUAGUGGCCUUAGAACAUUUUAAAAAUUUCUCACCGACAAGUGUUGCUUCCAAUAUGCAAAUUAAUAAUGGUCUUUCAAAGAACCAAAGUAUUAGAAAAUGAAAAGUAUCUAAAAUUACUGGUUAAUCCACAAGGUUGUGUUUAUUGAUAUUAUAAGUAAAUCUCGCCAAAUACUUUGAAUCUCAAGUAGGGACUUAUUCCAUAAUUUUUUGACCUGAUCUUGUGAUGACAAUAGAGUAGUUGACCAAUAGUAUUGCACUUAAAAAAAUCGGGCCUAAUAAAUGUGCUUCAGUAUUGUAACUUAAAGUUUAGUAUAUUUGUUAUUAAGUGUUAAGAACGGUUUUUUCGUCACAAGGACUUGAUUUUAUUAAUUGUAUUUAUAUAUUUGUAUUAUAGUGUUGGCUUGGUACAGGGAAUUAUAUUUUAUAUUAAAUGUAUAUGUAUAUAAAUAUUAUACACAUUUACAGAGUUUUAUUGUG